GUCGCAUAUGAUGACAAUAGUUUGCGCCAAACAGUACGAACUACAGAUUGCUCAGGGCACGUUUGCUAGCGAGAUGGAUACCGGAUUUGAAGACCUCGAAUUACGGGAGGCACAGCGGGAGUACUUGGAUUUUCUGGAUGAUGAUCAAGAUCAAGGAAUUUACCAUGAAAAGGUGAGAAGUAUGGUUUCCGAAUGUGGAUGCCGUCUCAUCGUAAAUAUGAACGAUUUACGAAGAAGAAACGAAAAGAGGGCCAAAGCGCUGCUCAACAAUGCAUUUAGUGAACUCAUCGCUUUUCAACGAGCUUUGAAAGAUCUGGUCGCAUCCAUUGACGGAACGUACGCCAAGCAGUUUGACGAAUUCCAUGUUGGGUUCGAAGGAAGUUUUGGAUCCAAACACGUUUCCCCGCGUACUCUCACUGCUCGCUUCCUCGGAAACCUGGUCUGUGUGGAGGGCAUUGUUACAAAAUGCUCUCUGGUGAGGCCCAAGAUCACCCGGAGCGUGCACUACUGCCCUGCUACGAAGAAAACCCUGGAGAGGAAAUACACGGAUCUCACCUCGCUAGACGCUUUCCCCUCCAGUGCCAUUUAUCCCACCAAGGAUGAGGAGAAUAACCCACUGGAGACGGAGUUUGGCCUCUGCACCUACAAGGACCACCAGACCCUUACCAUCCAGGAGAUGCCGGAGAAAGCUCCGGCUGGCCAGCUGCCCCGCUCAGUGGACAUAAUCGCCAACGAUGACCUGGUGGACAAGGUGAAGCCCGGGGAUAGGGUGCAGCUGGUGGGGGUGUACCGCUGCCUGCCUGCCAAACAAGGUGGCUUCACCUCUGGCACCUUCAGGACAAUCCUGCUGGCCAAUAAUGUCAAGCUCAUGAGCAAGGAAAUUGCCCCAACGUUUUCUGCGGAUGAUGUGGGCAAGAUCAAGAAGUUCUGCAAGGCUCAUUCCAAAGAUGUGUUUGAACACCUGAGUAAGUCCCUGGCCCCCAGUAUCCAUGGUCACGAGUACAUUAAGAAAGCCAUUCUGUGCCUGCUGCUCGGGGGGAACGAAACCAACCUGGAGAAUGGGACGCGUAUCAGAGGAGAUAUCAACAUACUGCUGAUCGGUGACCCCUCGGUGGCAAAGUCCCAGCUCCUGCGCUACGUGCUGUUCACCGCUCCGCGAGCCAUCCCCACCACGGGACGAGGGUCGUCCGGCGUGGGUCUGACCGCUGCGGUGACUACUGAUCAGGAGACUGGAGAGCGGAGGCUCGAGGCAGGAGCCAUGGUGCUGGCCGACCGGGGGGUGGUGUGCAUCGACGAGUUCGACAAGAUGUCGGACAUGGACCGUACCGCCAUCCACGAGGUGAUGGAGCAGGGCCGCGUCACCAUCUCCAAGGCCGGCAUCCAGGCGCGCCUCAACGCCCGCUGCAGCGUGCUGGCCGCCGCCAAUCCCGUCUACGGAAGGUACGAUCAGUACAAGACGCCGAUGGAGAACAUCGGGCUUCAGGACUCGCUGCUGUCCAGGUUUGACCUGCUCUUCAUCGUGCUGGACCAGAUGGAUGCGGACAGCGACCGCGAGAUCUCCGAGCACGUCCUCCGCAUGCACAGAUACAGGACCCCCGGAGAGCAGGAAGGCGCGGCCAUGCCGCUGGGAAGCACGGUGGACGUGUUCGCCACAGAGGACCCCAACAUCACCGAGGCAUCUGAGCAGGAGCUGCAGAUCUAUGAGAAGAGGGACAACGUCCUGCACGGCCACAGGAAGAAAAGGGAGAAGAUUGUCACCAUGGAGUUCAUUAAGAAGUACAUCCACGUGGCCAAGCUGGUGAAGCCCGUGCUGACCCAGGAAGCUUCAGAUCACAUCGCGGAGGAGUACUCCAAGCUGAGGAGCCAUGACCAAGUCAACGCAGACCACGCGCGAACCAUGCCAGUUACCGCCAGGGCCUUGGAGACCAUGAUCCGCCUGGCCACCGCCCACGCCAAGGCCCGCAUGAGCAAAACCAUCGACCUGGCGGACGCCGAGGCAGCCCUGGAGCUCAUGCAGUUUGCCUACUUUAAGAAGAUUCUGGAGAAGGAGAAGAAGAAGAAGGUUCCGGAGGACAGCAUGGAGGUUGACGUGUCACAGAGCCAAGAAGUGGCCAGCCAGAGGAGCACGAGGCAGAAUUCUCGACUCUCCAAGGCUGACAUGGAUGUGACAGAGGCUGGUGACGACCCCUAUGACUUCAGUGGGGAUGAGCUGGACAGUGAAACUAGCCAGAAAGCCAAACCCUCUGCUCUGACAAGCACACAGAAGAGGAAGGCUGACAUCGGCCAAGACCGACUGAAGCCAUUUAAGGCGGCUCUGCUGAAGGCGUUUAAGGGGACCCGGUCGCAGUCCAUCCCAGUCCCCGAACUGCUAACCCAUAUUAACAAGGGCCAGGCUGAACCGUUCGAGGAGCAGGAAGUGAAGGAGCUGCUGGGCCAAAUGCAGGAUGACAACCAGGUCAUGGUGUCUGAAGAUGUGGUCUUCCUCAUCUGA